GAGGAUUUGGCGCGUAAGCGGCCGGCGGACCCGACCGGGAGAAAGUGUUAACGGAGUCCGGCGGCCUGGGCGCAGCGGAUAAACAUACGGAGAACUUUGUUGCAUAUAGUGUGUAAAGAUGUCUAUCUCCGAUUAUAUUGAAUAUCCAGAAGAGAAGAUGCUUUUGCUGAAAGAGAAACUGAUUUGUCGGGACACCCAGAUUUUGACUCUACAAUCAAUACUAGGAGAGCCUCGUCAUUAUAGUUACCCAUCUGUUUUUGUAUAUGGGCAUACAGCCACAGGAAAAACAUAUGCGACACAAACACUGUUGAAGACAUUGAAGUUUCCCCACGUGAUUGUGAACUGUGUGGAAUGCUUUUCUUCAAGGAUGCUUUUCGAACAAAUACUCAAUCAGCUGCAGGGACAUUCGCUGUCCCCCGCAAAUGAAUAUUCUUCAUGUUUGCAGUGUAACACACUCAAUGAGUUUGUUCUACUGUUUAAACAAGUGGUCCAUGAGCAGAAUUUGAACAAUCAAACUGUCAUCAUUGUGUUGGAUAAAGCAGAACAGUUGAGAGAAAUGGAUGCAAACCUGCUGCCAGGAUUUCUGAGGUUCCAAGAAUUGGCUGAAGUAAAUGCAACAGUUAUCUUCCUCAGUGAGAUUGUUUGGGAAAAAUUUCGGCCAAAUACAGGCUGCUUUGAGCCUUUAAUCUUGCAUUUCCCUGACUACAGCAAAGCUGACCUCCAGAAAAUUCUUUCACAUGAUCAUCCUCCAGAAUUCUCCGCAGAUUUUUAUGCUUCUUAUAUUAAUAUUCUACUUGGAGUGUUCUACACUGUCUGUCGAGAUUUAAAAGAGCUGCGACAUCUAGCUGCACUAAAUUUUCCAAAGUUCUGUGAGCCCGUAGAAAGAGGAGAUGCCAGAGAAGAGGAUGCUCAUCGGUUGUGGAAAAACAUUGAACCGCACCUGAAAAAAGCAAUGCAAACAGUUUAUCUGCGAGAAAUCUCAAGCUCUCAGUGGGAGAGACUGCAGCAAGAAGAUAAAGAAGGUGGACAUGUGAAAGGACUUUCUGCUCACGCACAUGUUGAACUUCCAUAUUACUCCAAAUUCCUGCUGAUUGCUGCUUACCUCUCCUCCUACAAUCCUGCGAGAACAGACAAAAGGUUUUUCUUGAAGCAUCAUGGAAAAAUUAAAAAAACCUCAUUUUUGAAGAAACAUGAAAAGACCAGCAAUCACCUCCUUGGCCCCAAACCAUUCCCACUGGAUAGGUUGUUGGCAAUUUUCUACAGCAUUGUCGACAACAGAGUGACUCCCACUGCACAUAUUUUCUCUCAGAUCACUUCCCUGGUGGCACUUCAACUAUUAACCCACGUUGGCCAUGAUGAUCAGCUGGAUGGACCAAAGUAUAAAUGCACGGCAAGUCUGGAUUUCAUAAGGGCAAUUGCCAGGACUGUGAAUUUUGACUUGGUGAGAUACCUGUAUGAUUUCUUGUGAGACCAGAUGCACAACCAUAUGAAUAUUACAAGCAAUGAUCAAUGCUUUUGCACCGAUUCGUACUGAUCCAUCUACUCCAUUGAUAAGCGGCAGAGGCAUUUUGGCUGCAUUAGAUUUGUCCAAGCAGGUGUUAACACAGCAUGGGAUCUGAUGAAAAUAUCUUGAUUGGUCAGAAUGGAUCUUUAGAAUGAACUAUUUACCAGGGACUCUUCAGUAUUUUGGAGCUAAGUGUUAAUUAUUAGCAGCAGGAAUUCUGCACAAUCUGUUCCAACAUAAUAACAUUAUAUGAGUACAAACGCUACCUGAAAUGUAUUUACUUGCAAUUAUUUUCUUUUGUGAAGUGUCCUUUUCGCAGAAUGUAGUGUGGCAGCCAUUUAUUUGUGAUGGGUCUUUAAUUUUUUUUGAGUUGUCUGCUCCUUUGAAAGAUUUUGUGGACAUUAUUCAUUCUGAAAAAAAACUCUAUUUUUAGUUUUCAGAAAUAAACAAAUAUGAUGCAA